AGUCACUUACCUCUCCACACAACACACAACUUCAGCUUUUAGACCCAAAAAAAAACAGAGCAAAGAAACAGAGAUGGGUUUGGUAACAGAGGAGGUGAGAGCUAAGGCAGAGAUGUACACCGGAGAUGAGAUAUGCCGAGAGAAGACAAAGGUUUUCCUCAAGGAAAUAUCUAUGCCCAAUGGCUUAUUACCAUUGAAGGAUAUUGAAGAGGUUGGGUAUGACAGAGAGUCGGGUGUUGUAUGGCUAAAGCAGAAACAUAGCAUCACCCACAAGUUCCAAGAGAUCGAUAAACUUGUCUCCUAUGGAACCGAGGUCACUGCCGUGGUUGAGACCGGCAAGAUCAAGAAGCUCACUGGAGUCAAGGCCAAGGAGCUUCUUAUUUGGGUCACUGUCAAUGAGAUCUUUACUGAGGACAAAGGGAAGAUCACCUUCAAGACACCUACCACUCUGUCUCGGACUUUCCCGGUCUCGGCUUUUAUAGUUCCAGAAGAAGUGGAACCUGCCAAGGAAGAACCUGCCAAGGAGAAGACCAGUAGUGAAGCUACCGAGGUCAAGGAGGCUGUUGCAGUCAAGGAGACUGUUGCUGUCAAAGAGGCCUAAUCAAGCCUCUCUCACUACUUCAACAGAUGGAAGAGACCAUCAAUAUUUUGAAGUGUACUUCAAGAAUUUGAAUCAAUCAUGGAGUCUUAGUGUUUAUCACUGCUCUCACUCUCGUUUAUCACCUACCACUUUCCUGCUGCUUUUUUUUUACCUGUAAUACAUCAUCCUGUACCGUAAUAAUCUAUAAACUACCUUAAAGUUUAUUUUGUAUGUCACUUCUUAUAUUUAUAAUAACCUCAAGGAAUUCUCACA